UUAUAUGUGUCUCAAUAGAAAUCCCCUCUUGGAGCCAGCAAUCUGUAUGUUAUUCUAAGUGACAGUUUUCUGGAAAUCCCCCACCUAGUUGUAAGCUCCGCCCACUGCAUUUACAGCCUGCUGCACAAGCUCUGUCGGGAUACAACCAAACGCACCUCGUACCGAACAACUAGGACCAGCAUGGACCUUCACCGGACCAGUAUAUUAAACCAAAUGGAUUAUAGCCGGGAGUCGAAAGAAGGGAAACCGGCCCAGUCGACGGAGGAGCGUCUGGACAGCGGUUUAGACUCGCUGAAGGAGGAGGAGUACCAGGCUGUGGCCGCCGAGAUCCGUCGGCUCCAGGUGGAAUGUGAGCCGCCGCAGCACCGACAGCCCGUCGACGCCACCGGAGAGCUGCAGGAAUGGAAAACACAGAUAACAGAGGACGGAGACACGCUGCUCCACCUGGCCAUCAUCCACGAGGCCAAGGACUAUAUCAGAAAAAUGAUAGAAGUGUCAAAGAACACAGACUUCCUCAACACACAGAAUGAUCAGAGACAGACUCCUCUUCAUUUAGCAGUUAUAACAAACCAGGCAGAUGUGUGUCAGCGCCUCCUGGCUGGCGGCUGUGACCCCACGCUGGUGGACGACAAUGGCGACACACCACUCCACAUCGCCUGUCGCCACGGUAACCUACCCUGCUUCAGCGUCAUCACACAGAACUGCCAGCUAGAGCAUCUACACAGCGUGAUGGCCUCCUACAACUAUCAUGGUCAGAACUGCCUCCACUUGGCCUCGGUGUAUGGUUUCCUCUCGCUGGUGGAGAACCUGGUGGAUCUAGGAGCUGACAUUAACGCAAAGGAGCAGCGUAACGGUCGCAGUGCGCUGCAUCUGGCUGUUGACCAGCAGAACCUCCUGCUGGUCCAACUGCUGCUGAAGAAAGGAGCGGACCCCAACCAGCUCACAUCCGGAGGCCACAGUCCCUUCCACCUCACCUACGGCCGCGACAACGGCGACAUCAGAAUGGAACUGUACUCUCUGACCGAUCCCAGCCUGAGGGAGCUGCCCGACAGCGAAUCAGAAGACAGCGAGGAGGAGGCGAUUGAGGAAUCCGAUGAUGAGGUUGGUUAUGAUGAUAUCCAGUGGAACGGGCAUUAGUGGGAAGCGAGAGAGAGAAAGAGAGAGAGGAAGUCGCAGAGGCAGGAGGCUGUGACGAAGACGGUGAAGGAAAACAGAGAACGGCCUCGGCGCGUCUACCACUUCCUCGCGUUGUCCGUCACACGAGCCCGACCGCGUGUCACAGAAGACGCAGCGCAGGGGGGGUGCGGCCCGCCGACAAGAACGACAGACCGCUCACGAGAGGAACAGGCAGCUGCAAAAAAAACAAAA